ACGACACUCGAGUACUAUUCCGUAUUACGGAAAUUCCAACUGAAUGUAAGUAGCAGAGUAGUGGUUUCAGUUUGGCCUUUGGCGGUUACCGAACGAAACUGAUGCUUUCCGAAUCGCGACUGAGAUCCAUAUUCCCGGCCGAUUCGCCUUCCCGGAAAACCUCCUUCCUCCGUUUCCCGGCGAGGAUUCAUAUUCAUAUCAAAGGUUGCUGGCAUAAUAUUGUGCAACGAUGAAUUUUCUUUUGAUGCGGUCGAAUCAGACUGCAACUGCAGAACAGCCACCUGCUCAAAAGAUUCAGGCAGAGACUAGUUAUGCAGCAAAGCUGACUAGUACGCUAGGUGGACUGUUUGCAGAAGAUCCAUUGUUACAGAGGAAGUCCUUUGAUCAUGAUGGAGAGGGUGAUGGGCACGGGAAUGAAAAUGGAGUCAACAUUGCUGGAUCACUUGGGAAGGGCAACCACAUUGAGGUUGCUGAAGGUGAAGGAUGGAUAGCAAUUCCAAAGAAUGAGCUUCCUGAUAACUGGAGUGAGACACUAGACACAGUUUCUUUGCGCUCACUAGACCGCUUCUUUGUUUUUCCGGGUGAACAAGUUCACAUGCUAGCAUGCUUGUCAGCUUGUAAGCAGGAUACUGAAAUUAUUACACCAUUUAAAGUUGCUGAACUUAUUAACAAAAAUGUGGCUCGUAAUGUUUCUGAUGGAGCAGAAAUAAAAGAUGGUGAAGAUAUUAAUCAGAAUAGUAAGAAUAACAUGCAGAAAAAUGUUGAACCUCGGAAAGAAGUUUCUGCUAGUGAAUCUCUUCUGAGAAUGAAAGAUUACAAAAGACAGACUGAAUCCCUGUUGCAAAGAUUCAAAAAUUCUCACUUCUUUGCCCGAAUUGCUGGGUCAGAUGAGGCACUAUGGACAAAAAGAAAGGUUAUGGAAGACUCCUAUGCAAUUGAAGAAAAGUUCAUGACUUCAGAUACUAGGAAGAAUACAAAAAAGAAGCUUCCUUUGAAUGCUGCCGUUGACAGGGGCAAUUUUGAUGCCAUCACAUCUGGAGGAGUGGCAAGGAAUGCUGCCAAGUGUUGUGCCCUUCCAAAUGGAGAUAUUGCGGUACUUUUACAGAUAAAUGUUGGUGUUGAAUUUGUGAGGGAUCCUGUGCUGGAAAUUCUUCAGUUUGAGAAAUCUCCGGAUAGAAGUUUGCCUUUUGAGGGUCAGGAAAAUUCAAUAUCUUCAAAUCAUGAUCCUUGUGGUGAGCUCUUAAAGUGGUUGCUUCCUUUGGAUAAUUCUAUUCCUCCUCCAGCACGAUCUAUAGCUCCACCUCAAUUGAAUUCUCCUGCAAGCAUCCGAAGUACAUCUGCAAGGGUCACUUUAUCCGGAUCAACUGGUUCUCAGCUUUUCUCUUUUGGAAACUUCAGAAGUUACUCCAUGUCCUCACUGCCACCAAAUACUUUACCACCACCAUCUACUCCAACAACUAAUUCUGGACCAGGUUUUGAUCCAGAGGAUUGGGAGCGGUUUUCAUUUCGUAAGGCAAUCAAGAGUGAAAAUAGCGGUAGUGGAGGACUUUUAUCAUAUAGAGGUGUAUCAUUGGAGCCUGAAAGAUUUUCUGUUCAUUGUGGUUUGGAAGGGAUCUUUAUACCUGGAAGGAGAUGGAGGAGGAAAAUUGAAAUAAUUCAACCAUUGGAGAUCAACUCUUUUACUACUAACUGCAAUAUAGAUGACCUCAUCUGUGUUCAAAUAAAGAAUGUUGCUCCAGAACAUACACCAGAUGUUGUUAUGUAUUUAGAUGCCAUAUCAAUUGUUUUUGAAGAAGCUUCAAAAAAUGGGCCACCUUUAUCACUACCAAGUGUUUGUAUUGAAGCUGGGAGCGACCACUGUUUACCAAACUUAGCUCUCAGGAAAGGUGAAGAACACUCCUUUAUUCUUAAACCAGCAACUUCGAUGUGGAAAAACUCCAAGGGUAGCAGUGAAAAAAGUCCACCGUUAUCACAUAUUAAUUCUGGAAAUAUAGCAUCUACAAGGCAGAAUUCUUUGAAGGUCAUGGGGAGAAAUAGUGGUUCGCCCACUGAUCAAUAUGCAAUUCUUGUAUCAUGUAGAUGCAAUUAUACUGAGUCUAAGUUAUUCUUCAAGCAGCCUACAAGCUGGCGACCACAAGUCUCCAGGGAUUUGAUGAUCUCUGUUGCAUCUGCAAUGUCAAAACAAACUUUAGGAUCAAAUAACAAAGUGGCUCAGAUUCCAGCACAGGUCCUAACUCUGCAAGCAUCAAAUUUGACAUCUGAAGAUCUAACCAUGACGGUGCUGGCUCCAGCUUCCUUUACUAAUCUGCCUUCUUUGAUGUCACUGAGUUCACCAAAAUCACCAGUAAGCCCAUUUUUUGGCUCUUCUAAAUUAUCAGAAAGAGUGAACAACAGGCAAGUCACUGCUCGGCAGAGUCCCAGCUCAGCAUCCAUGAGUAAAGUACAGGUAUCAGAUGGUCAUAAGAGAUCUGUUUCCUUUCAUGGUCCCAGCUCAGUAUCCGCGAGUAAAGAAGAGGUAUUAGUUCAUAAGAGAUCAGUUUCCUUUAAUGAGCGAGUCAUUGCCAUACCUGAUGUCCAUCCAAGUAGUGAUUUGAGCUGUACACAUUUAUGGUUACAGAGCAGAGUUCCAUUAGGAUGUGUUCCUUCUCAAUCGACAGCGACUGUCAAACUUGAGGUACUUCCCCUUAAGGAUGGCAUAAUCACACUUGAUUCCUUGCAAAUCGAGAUAACAGAGAAAGGUCUCACUUAUAUACCCCAGCAUUCUCUGAAGAUCUAUGCAACUUCAAGCAUUUCCACUGGGAUGCGAUGAUUUUUCAAAUUUUUUACAUCAGUCUCACAUAGACGGCGAAAGAUUCAGAAAUAUAAUCUCUUACGAACUCUCUGCAUUUACCAAUGAUGUUUUCGUAUGCUAGCGUUCUAGAGUGGGCAGAAUUUGUACCACGUCGGAGAUUACAUUAACCUCAGUAAUGAUCUGUGAAUCCAGAUCAGGCUCUCUCUGAAGCAAAGCUAUUGUUUUGGCUCCAGAAUUUUGAUAGGUACUAAAAUAUAAAUAAACAUUUGUUGACCUUUUCUUUCCUCAAUGAUUAUUCUAAUAUGGUUCAGGUAGUUGACAAGGACUGUAAAUGAACUGUCCCAAACCUGGAUCAAGCUUUGAAAUUCUUGUUACUAUUUUUUAUGGAAAAAUAAAUUUUUUUUUACAUAAAUCAAUCAUUUUUUUUCAA